CAAAACCAACGUACUGCACCGGACACAGCUCAUUUCUGGACCUUGGCACAAGCGUACAGAUCAUUAAUCCACAUCGUUUUUCAAGUAAGCAAGUCUUUAGUAUAAUAAGCCUCAUCUGAGAAUCUUAAAAUAUCUGUUUCUGAUUCUGCACACUACAUGCACUCGCAAUGGCAUCACGCUGGUCAAAGAGGCGCAAAUGUAGGUCAAUGCUUAAGGUCACAGAGUCAGAGAUACUACAGAAAUUUGAGGAGACCUUUAAUAAUACAAAUAUGCAAGGCAAGACUGACACUGCAUCGGAACAUGUAGAGUGCCCAAGGGAAGUAGUGGAUCCAAUUGUUUCAACCUCUAGUCACGCAGUUGUAGAGGAGCUACCAGUUAUAGAGGAGCUUCCAGUUAUAGGGAACUAUGAGCCAAGUUCAGAAUUCAGUGAGACCCAUGAGUCAAUAGACACAACUCAUAUUGAUUCAGAUGAUACUGAAACUCCAACUACAGAGUUUUUGAUGACUGGUCUGAGAUUUUGGGCCUCUACAUUUUCAGUCUCUCUGGUGGCAUUAACUGCACUUUUGAGCAUUUUGCGUGUGUUUCAUCCAGAAUUGCCUAAAGAUGCUGGGACAGUUCUGAGGACGCAAGGUCAAAUAAUAACCAAGAAGAUGGAGGGUGGGGAAUACUAUCACUUUGGCCUAACCAAUGGCUUAAUGUCGAGGCUUAAAUCUUUGACUCUCCCUGCCAUCUUGAACACACUUAAGUUGCAGUUCAAUAUAGAUGGGUUACCACUAUUCAGAAGCAGUAGACUUCAGUUCUGGCCAAUUCUUGCAAUGGUAGAUGUUGAUUACACCAGAUCUCCCUUCCUUGUUGGCCUGUUCUGUGGCCUUAGCAAGCCUAAAAGUGCCUCGGAAUUCUUGGGCCCAUUUAUUGAGGACCUUAAGGCCAUUCUGGAGAAGGGUUUAAUUUAUAAUGGGCAGCAGCUAAUGGCAAAAGUGUGCUCGUUCAUUUGCGAUGCCCCUGCACGAGCCUUUAUUAAAAACACCAAGGGUCACAAUGGUUACUCAGGUUGCGAUAAAUGCAUUCAAGUGGGUGAAUGGCAGGGCAAAAUGACAUUUCCUGAUGUCAAUGUUGAAUUAAGAGCCGACGCAGACUUCAGCCUCCAUGAUCGAUGA